GAGGAAGCAAAAAAAAUCGGAAAACAAAAAAGACUCCAAAAAACAAGAAGCAUCGAGAGGCGAGUUUUCUUUUACUGACUGCAUGGCAACACGGUACGCUGGAGUUCGAGGGAAAGGCACAAUGGACGGUACAGGUACUUUUUUUCCAAUAGCGAAAAGCUCUCAACUGCCACUGGGAAAGCCCGCGCCUGCCACAGUAGCAAAACUUUAAGCAAGUGCGCAAGCCUACCUAUCUAUUCUUAUUCUUUCUCUUCUUCACUUACCUCCUACUUAAUGCUUUUUUCAUCAACAUCUGUCAAUACUCUGCGACUAAAGAAAUUUUUUAGUUACUCUCUUCUGAAAUCAAGAUGAAUCCGCUGCCAGGUACCAUACACGGCACCCAACAUGACUGGAAUCAGGCGGCAAUGGCUCAAUUCGCCAUUAUGAUGGAACAGCUUCAAAGACUUGAGAACCGAAUGACCGCUGCUGAGGAGCGAGCAGAGGAAAGAAUGCAACUGUUUAGGCAACAAAUGAAUGCGUCCCUGCAGCAAAUCAAUAUGGCUCUGGAUCGCACGGCUAGGGCUGAGCAGCAGCAACGCCGCACGACAGCUUUGGUCAUUAAUCAACAACGGAGAGCUCAGAAUACAUCGACCUGGCUCUGUUGCCGCAAGCUAUUCAUAACUCAUCUGGUUCCACUCUGUAGCCAGACUACUGGGGCGGAUAUUGAAAGAUUUCCUCGGACUUAUGGUGAUAUUGGUCUGCUUGAUGAGAAUGAUGCACGAAGAAUCCUUACAGAUCUCGAGAUCAGUGCCCACGAUUGUACUCUGGCCGAGAUGCAGGACUUGAUUCGCUUCUAUGUAGUCUAUCCCUAGCUUUGUCUCGGGUCAAACAGGGCAUUGAAUCUUUUAACGUGUUUUGAGGAUCACAAGCUGCCAGUAUCUAGCUACAAGGCCACUCUGGCACUUCCACAGUUAGCUUUUUAAAUCGCAGCUCUUCUGAAUUGAUCUCUAUUGCAAGGCACCGGCC